ACCAUCUCAACAGUGAAUCUGAGGAAAUCAGGCACAAAUUGUUUUCCAUAAAUAAAAGAAGUGAGCAACUGGGCCUCAUGUGCUCCAGGUAUACCAGCAAAACAUCUUCAUUCCCUAGAGAAACUCAUGGCAUCUGCAAAUACCCAGAGACAGAAAUAGUUUGCAAGUUUGUGUGCUUCAGGUUGCCAGAUCGGGCAUUUUUUUCCUCCUGCAGUUUCCUGCGUGUGUGACUGGGCAGUGGCAUUGUCAGGAAGAGGUGCAGCUCACCGAACUGAACUGCCCACUGGAAGGUAGAGAUUAGGUUUCCAGGUAGCAGACCAGAGCUGGGAUCGCCUUACAGCCUUGCUGUUCCACCUGCAACAUCAAUAAUUUAAUCGAGGCCAUCGUCCCCUUUGUUCAAACACCUGGCAUCUCAAUGCUACGGAAGUCUGGAAAGCACUGCAAGAAAGACAACGCAGAGCAGCAGAAGGGGUCCCCCAUGGCCCAGGAGACUGGAGGCUCUCAACCCUCUGCAGUAGGGGAAAGAUGUGCUCUGGGCCAGAACGGUGCAGUUCCAAGACCACCCCACCCGCCACCCCGGGUGCGGCCUCGACUCAUCUUCCACACCCAGCUGGCUCACGGGAGCCCCACCGCCAAGAUUGAGGGGUUCACCAAUGUUAAGGAGCUCUAUGCCAAAAUUGCAGAGGUCUUUGAUAUCUCCUCAACAGAGAUCCUAUUCUGCACUUUAAACACCCACAAGGUAGAUAUGCAGAAACUGCUGGGCGGCCAGAUUGGUUUGGAGGAUUUCAUUUUUGCUCACGUCCGCGGUGAUACCAAGGAGGUGGAGGUCACCAAAACAGAGGAUGCUCUGGGACUUACCAUCACAGAUAAUGGGGCUGGCUAUGCUUUCAUCAAGCGUAUUAAGGAAGGUAGCAUAAUGAACCGCAUUCCAGCAGUCUCUGUGGGGGACAGCAUUGAAGCCAUUAAUGACCAAACCAUUGUUGGAUGCCGCCACUACGAAGUUGCCAAGAUGUUACGCGAGAUGCCCCAGGCACAGCCAUUUACUUUGCGCUUGGUGCAGCCUAAACGAGCUUUUGAUAUGAUCAGCCAGAGGACACGAAGCAGCAAGAGCUCAAGUGAGGGGAAAAUAGGCAGUGGAAGGGAGACACUACGGCUGCGUGCAACAGGCACUGCUACCAUAGAGCAGGCUCCAAGUGAGUUUGAGGAGGAAGCUGCUGAAAAGAUGGAUGACUUAUUGGAAAGCUACAUGGGUAUACGUGACCUCGAAUUGGCCUCGAGCAUGGUGGAGAUCACCAAAGAAUGCCAGAGCCCCGAAGACUUUGCUCGCAGACUGGAUUUGCUCCUGGGUGAAUUUGCCUUCCCGGAAGAGUUUGUCUCAGAGGUGUGGACUGCAGUUUGCAAGAGCAGGGGAAUCUCGGAGUAGUUUCAGGAGGUGGGUUGGGCAUUGAAGGCUGUUUCUUUUCCUUGCCACCCUGCUCACCCUUUCCCUCUUUUUCUCUGCUCUCCAAAUUCUCCGUAUCUUGCGCACACUGACAUCCACAUCUGGGAUUUCCAUCCAGAAUUAUCACCCAUGGCUCAAGGCUGACACCUUUGCAAAAAAUUAACAGGGGUGACUUCAAAUAGUAGCACCAUUGAACACAUGCUCUCCUGUUGGGGUGGAAGGAACUUGCUUAUAUGGAGGGAACAGAGAGAUACUACCGUGUGGGUGGUUACUUCUAAUUAGCAUCUAUAUUAGAUCUUCUUCCAGUAGUAUCCCAAAAUACAAUUGUUCCCCUGAAAGUCCACAUUAACAAGUCAGGAUGGCAUCUUCUCUGGUUAAGAUGUUUAAGUUGCACUCCUUAUAAUUGCAGAAUAGAUAGGAGAAUGCUAGGAGACACACUGCUUCUUGGCUACCCACCACAUUGCAAUUUCAGGCUUCUAUUAAAUUUUUAGUCCAGUUUUGUAACUGGAAAGGAUUUGAACCAUCAGUCUUCACAGUGGUUUCAGCAGGGCCUAGUGAAGGAAGUCAAGAGGACAGCCACGAUAAUAUGACUCAUGCAACACCCUAAACCUAACCCAUUAAAAAUGGGGAUUUCAAUCCCACAGUUGCAACUGCUGUCUUGAUUUUUUAACCAUUCCCUGAGGAUACAGUUGAUUUCUUAUGUAAUUUUUUUGUAGUUGGUGCUUGAUUUUUAAAAAGAUAAAUCUCUUCCAAAGACCAGG